CAGCGGCAGAGCGGAGUGUGAGUGUAUCUGUAUCCCAAGUGCGCUCAGACCACAGCAGACAAGACUCGGUGAACGGAGGGACGCACACAUUAGGAGCGAAACGCGUUCAAAGGACUUAAGGCGAAGGCGCUUCACUUGCAAGGCGCAUGACCGGUGGCAGCGGGUGGAGGAUGCUGUCAAGCCGCUCCGUGGUUGUGGAGUGCGGGUAGUGCACGCCGCGCUGCUCCGGGUUCAGGUGGCGUAAACGGACGCUCCGGUUCUCCGGUGCCUGGGUUGGAGAUCCGUGUUUGUGGACUUUACUGCACGCUGGACUUUUGGCUACGUGCCUGUGUCGAGAUUUUGAAGGACAUCGGUGGGCACUAUUUAUUUAAAUCUUUUUUUCCCUCCCUCAAAGCCACAGAGGUAAUUUUUUUUUACCACACGGCUCCAACUGGACUUUUUUUCUUGUUUCCAGUAUGGGACCUUGUACAAAAAGUCGCACCGGGACAUUUGACAUUGGACUGGAAUCAUGAAUUAGCUGACAGAAAUUGUCAUAUUCCCUCCUCGAUCGCUCCAAUUCUUGUGCGCUCUCCUUUUAGUUUGUUAGCGAGAUGUUUUUGUGUCAUGUUUGUGCCGAAGAUAUGCGCAAAGAAAAACUUUGGAUUAUGGUAGGUCACUCAUGCAGUAAGUUAAAUAGCAGUGUUUUAUAGUUGUUUGCUUAAUCAAAGACAAAAAGGAGAGUAGUCAAGUGCACGCACAAAUAGGAGAGCAGGGACACAGUUUACGUGCGUAUUUUGGACAUAGUCUGCUCUCAUCCGCGUCAUUGGAGAAGUUGAAAAACAAAAACAAUUGAUUAACAAUGAAAACUUAUUUGAUGAGUUUUAAAAAUUAAAUUGGAUUGAGCAGCUCGAUUUGCAGAGUGAUACAAACAUUGAGUAGUUUCCCGCAUCUCUUUUUUUUUUUCCUUUUUGCUUUUGGGGACAGACGGAAAAACAGACAGUGUGCCGAUGUCUGGCAAACUGGCCGUCAUGUGGGAUUGAUUGCAGGGGAGUAUGUUUGGGCUGGAGCAGUUUGGUUCUCAGAUAAAUAGCAGAAACCCUGGCCAGUCAGAGAGAAGCAUAAACCAACCGAGACUGAACAUGGGCUCCCAUUAUAAAAGCCCAGGUUUUCACGCUGGAGGCCCGCCGGGUGCCGUGGAGCCCGGCAUGGGCCCUCUGAGCGAGCCGCAAAUGCUCGGGCUCAAUAUGAACAUGAAUGGAGAGCAGUACGGGGGAUUUCACCCGCGGGGCCACUCGGACAUGCAUGCAGGCAGCGGACUCCAGCAGCAGCAGCAGCAAGGACCCAUGCAUGGAUUUUUUAACAACCAGCAACCUCAUCAAGGACAUCCUCACGGCCAUCAACCUCACCCCCACCAACCUCACCCACAUUUCAGUGGGAAUUUUGGAGGCCCGGAGCCAGGGUCAUCAUGCCUGCAUGGUGGCAGGCUAAUGGGCUACAACAACAAUGGCAUGGGACCACAGCAGGGCUUUGGAGAAGGAUUUGAUCCUCUCGCUGAGGGGCAGGCAGGCGAUGGCUUUCCCCAGCAGCAACAGCAGCAGCGGCCUGGUAACAUGCCUGACUUUCAACAUCACGGGCCUCCCAGUGGCAGCCAUGCUGUCCCCGCUCCCUGUCUACCCCUGGACCAGUCGCCUAACAGAGCAGCAUCCUUCCACGGUCUCCCUUCCUCCUCGUCCUCCUCAUCUGAUUCUCAUGGACUGGAGCCUCGCCGGAUGCCCAACCAGGGAGCUGUGGAGGGAUUAGAGUAUAACUUCCCAAGUGAGCCUCCAUCUGGACAUUUUGAUGUACAUGUAUUUUCCCCAUCAGAUUCAGAAUCUCAGUUACCCCAUUUUGGGCCAGGGCGGCCAGUUCCCAGUGGUAAUUUCACAGGGAACCCCGGCAUGCCACGGACACCAGGUAUGCCAGGCAUCUCUAAGGGACACCAGCCGCCGCCGCAGCCCCAGCAGCCACAGCAUGGAGUGUUUUUUGAGCGUUUUGGAAAUGGCCGGAAGGUGCCCGUGGGAAUGGAGCCGGGGGUCAGUGCAAGACAUCCUCUCAUGCAGCAGCAACAACAGGCUGGUUUGAUAGCCAGACAGAAUUCGUGCCCCCCUGGCCUCCCCCGACCCCCUCAGGCUGAGCCCGGCUCCUCUAACCCUAACAUUCUGGACGGAGGGGUCAUGAUGCCAGGCCAACACAACCAGUUUGAAUAUCCCAUUCACAGACUGGAAAAUAGGGGUCUGCACCCCUAUGGGGACCCCAUGUUUAAUAUGCAACAGCCAGCGCCUCCUCCCUCCCAGCAGCCCCCAAAUCAGAGGCUGCAACACUUUGACUCUCCUUAUAUGAACAUGGCAAAAAGGCCGAGAUUUGACUUUCCUAAUGCACAUGGCGGUGAAGGCUGGUGUGGUGGUAUGGAUAACCACCUCUCUCCCUCUGCAUAUCCCGGCCUGCCUGGAGAGUUCACCCCACCUGUGAGUGAAGGUUUCCCUCCAGGUCCCCUGCAGCAUCCGGGGCCUGAGCAGCAGUCUCUGCAGCAGCGGCAGAAUGCAGCCAUGAUGAUCAAACAAAUGGCCUCUCGCAACCAGCAGCAGAGGAUGAGGCAGCCCAGUCUGCAGCAGCUGGGUCACCACGGCGAUGUGCCUCCUGGCCCGAUGGCUCACGGAGGCCCAGUCGGGAGCAUGCCACAGCCCAACUUCGACAGGGAGAACGGUGGCAGGAUGCCCAACAUCGAUGGACAAAAUCCUCAUGUAGCUCAGGAGAACUCCUGGUUCCAAGGGUCCCACCCACCAGGGGAAAUGAUGUCACGGCGUAUGGGUGGAGCAGGUAACGAAUCAGGGCCCCAUGAGAUGGGUCUACAGCAGAACGGGGCUGGGAUGAUGUUUAGGCCAGGCAUGGGCAUGCAGGAGCCCAUGAGAAUACCAGGAGAUGGGCAUGUACAGGCUCUCCAUUCCCCCGGCAUGCACUCACAAUUCAGCGGCAACAUGGGCAACCUCUCACAGAUGCAGUCUCCAGGAGCAGGGACGGGGCAUCCGAACGCACCAGCAGAGAGGCGGCCGGCUGACUUCCCUGCACCUCCAAUGGGAGCACAGCCAACGUUUCCCUAUGGGGGGGCUAACCGUCAGGGACCUGCCCACAGUGCUCCCCAGGGGGUGAACACCUCACCAGGGAGCUACCCUCCUCAGUCUGAGUUUCCCCCAGGCCAGCGGUCGUCUGUUAGUAAGCUCGGAGCUCUGUCCCUCGGGAACUUCAGCAAAACCAGCACUAAAGACAGUGUUUUCGGCCAGAGCUGCCUGGCGGCCCUUUCCACAGCCUGCCAGAACAUGAUCGCUAGCCUAGGGGCCCCCAAUCUUAACGUAACAUUCAACAAGAAGAACCAAAAUGAGGGCAAGCGAAAACUGAGUCAGACAGAGCAGGACAUUAAUAGCAGCACAUCUAAUGGGACUGGCAGUGCUGGACCUGAAUAUUUUCAGAGCAGCACUUCCCAGAACAGCCAGAUGCCUGGCACUGGGAAUAGCAACUCUAAGCCUGCAAGUCAAAGCCAGACGGUGCAGGGGGAAGCCAGUGCCCUCUCCCCAAAUUACAACAUGGACGCUACCCCGUGCAGUGAGGGGAAGGCAACAACAGGGAGUGGGAGAGGGAGAGGGAGGAGAAAAAGAGACAGUGGACAUGUGAGCCCUGGAAUUUUUUUUUCCCCUGACAAUGGUAACCCUGUUGUAAGUCCAGGCCAGCAGACCCCCUCUGCUGGCGUUGGGGAGAGGGGUGGGGGAACGCCCCAUGACAAACACCUCCAAUCACCUUCUUGGGGAAAAGGAGCCGAUUUAAUGUUGGGGGACCAGGCCGAUUUGAUGUCUUCUUUGGACAGUGGCAUUCAGAGUGUCGCUAAGUCUGACAGUAGCUCGCCACGAGUGGACUUUCCUGACGAUGUCAGCACCCACUACGGCAACGAGGAUGAGGUGUCCUCCAGCUCAGAUGCAGGAGGGGCCUCGGCCACCAAGCCUAAUCGCAGCCCUAUGAUCACCGGCUCACCCAAAAUGCAGCGGAGUGACCACGGGUUGGUAAAUGGACAGAAGCCCCUUGGCAUGGGCAUUAACAAUCAUACUACCUCGACACCAGACAGCUAUGGACUGAAUGCUGGUGGGGGCACAGGGGCCAGUGGGGUGAGCCAUCCGGGCACUCCUGGGGUGGAACAGGUACGCACCCCAUCCAGCACCUCUGGCCAGGAAGAAAUUCAUCCUCUGGAGAUUCUGCAGGCCCAGAUCCAGCUACAGCGGCAGCAAUUCAGUAUCUCAGAGGACCAGCCCCUGGCCAUGAAAAAUGGCAAAAAGAAUGGCGACUGUCCCUCACAGAACGGAGACAAUGAGCUGGCAAGCUGCAGCCCGGAUGCUGGGAAGGGCUCAAUGGGCACUAUUGACCUUGACACCCUCAUGGCAGAGCAGCACGCCACCUGGUACGUGCCCAGUGACAAGGCCAUGAUGGACGGGUCAGAGGAUGACAAGGCCAUGGGACCAUGGGAAAAAAAUAAGAGCCAAAACAACAGCAAAGAAGAAUCAGAGCUGUCCCAGGGUAAGGCUGGAGCUGGGGCCCCAGGAGUCGGUGGAGGAGGAGGGGGAGGAGGGAGCAACGGAGGGAACCACCUGCAGUGCCUGUCCGUCCACUGCACAGACGAGCUGGGGGACAGUAAGGGCCGAGGGGGGCCUGUCUCGUCCUGGCGUUCUCUCCACUCUGAUAUCUCUAACCGAUUUGGGACAUUCGUGGCGGCACUGACUUGAGCGCCCAGCAGGAAGAAGGAGAGAAGAUUAAGAAAAGCUUCAGAGACAAAUAAUGGUGAUGAGGAUGAAGAUUACGUGUUGAUGAGGCAACUGCGAGCAGCUCCUGCCUGUUCAGGGACAGAAAAACAUUUAGACUCAUAAAUGCAAACAUGACCACAGACACUCACACACAUAAACAUGUGCACACACACACACACACACACACACACACACACACACACAUGCAAAUACCAUGUUUUUUUCUGAUACAUGCAGUCACACUUUAGGACGCUCUCUCACACACUGCUGGACAAUACAGCGCGGGCUCGAUUCAACAACGCCCACAUCUGGAAAACCUCAAAUCAAUAUUUUUUUUUUUUAUUUUCUUUUUUGAAGAAAAAUAAAGAAAUGUCAAAGGAGGAGAAUACAAAACCAGAAGACGCAGAAGAAGAAAAGAUAUUCAGUUGUCAUUGGCUUUGAUUGUAUACCAGUGUUGAGUCUUGUGAUGCGACCAUGACUUUUACUCUGUUGCUCAUUACAGCCUGCCUGCUCUCACCUCAGCUCUAACGUGUACAUUUUAAGCUGUACUGUUUGCUGCCCCCCAAUUGACCCCCUAAAUUUACAGUCUCCUAAUAUACACAGAAAUGGAGAUUUUUCCUCCCCACACUCAAAUGAGGCCGACUGUUUCAUAAGAAGCGGCAGAGCUAGUGGAAGAUGGGAAGAGGGGUGAUUUUGCAUGAAUGUAACUCAAUUUUUUUUAAACACAACUUUUUCCCUCCUUGUCAAAGAAAAUGUUAACAUUUACCAUUUGCUGCUCUUAAUCAUUUAUGAUUUGUAGUCCUCUAUUCUUUAUUUUGGCAAAAAUAACUUUCCCUCGUUCUCUUCUCGCCUCUGCUGUCGACCUCAUGAGCUCAGCCGCUUGCAUACGAUUCAGCCAAUGGGAACUGGAAAAGGAGGUCAAGGGAUUGUUUAAUAAGGGAAUUGAUUAAAAAAAAGACUAUUGGUAUUGCACAUGUAUAAUAAGAGAAAUUUGCUGUGUGUUAGGCAAUCUUGUAAUCUUUAAAUAAAGCUUCUGUUGAAUUUGAAUUUCUGAAACAAUAGAUGGAGGACUGUGACGGCAAUUUACGAACUGUUUUUUCUUUUUUUUGUUUUCUUUUUUUAAUAAUAUGUAAAGUGCAGUCGUCUGUUUUCCUGCAUAUUGUAUAUAUCUGUAUAUGUUUUAUUGAGUAACUAAAUAACAAUAAAUAUGACGUUAAAGGUG